AUGAAAUUUAUCGGCUACUGGCCGCAAUCAACAACGAGAUUUGAGCAAACCAAGGUUCGACCUGCUGCCCAAAUAAAAGAUUCGUGGGUUUUCACGUGA